AUGCAGUCUUCAGGCUAUGACAACGGAGAUAAGGAAACCUUGGUCAUGUGCGCAAUUCUUAAGCGGAAAUCUGCCUCACAUCUCCUCAAAGAGAGUGCCAUACAGGAAGUGCAUGAAAGGAUAAAUAAGAAAAAGAAGAUGUAUCCCAAAGACAGGUAUGUUGCCAAAGUCUCCACCACGCGGAUCGCCUUCGAGAGCAUCGAAAAGGCUAAAAAGCAGUAUCCCAUCGUCCUGGCAGAGAUCAAUGACAUUGGCAGAAUCCCCGCCGAUCCAAAUGUCUUCAGCCUUCAAGUUCCACAAGACAAGAAAAAGAAAAGGGAGGAAGACGGCCCUGUGCUCCUCUAUCUUAUUCGGUUCGAAGACAGUGCGGCAGUGGACAAAUUUUUCGACGCACUCAAUGGCAACAACGCACACUCUCCCGGAGUUGAGGGGCCUUCAGAAACGAGAAGCCUCACAGACGGACAGAACACCGAUAAGCAUAAUAGGGCAGGUGGAAAAGUCGGAGCUCGAACCGCAAGAAAUGAGGACUGGUCAGUGAGAACAUGGAAGAAAACCGACGAUGAGCACAUUUCAAUGAGGGGGAAGAGAAGCAGACGGAAGGUAGCAAGCGAUGCUUCUGAGGCUUCCAAUGUCAACUACAUAGAUGGACUGUUUUUAGGCGAGACCGCAAGCGAUACAGGUGUUGGUCAGAGAACCUUUGAUAGUCAGUGGAAUUACGACGGGUUUUCCGGUUCCGAUACGCGCGUGCCGCCUUGUCGACGCAGGGGUGUCCCGCUCAGUCGCCGCGAAGGCAAGGUGUACAAACUUCCGGCGGUCCUCCAGCAACAAAAUAGGACAAGCUCCAAGCAGACAUUCAUUGAGUACCAGCCCACAAUGGGACCAACGCGUAAGAGCUAUAUGGUGGUAGAUCCCUGGCCAGGACGGUCACAUUCACACCGAAGGGCCUAUAUGCCACCCCCCAAUGAAUUAUCCACGACAUCUGCCUCCUCGGAGGACACUCUGUGCUGCUCAGUGACGCCUACCUACAAAGAUGUGGAAAGGGAACAAGCCUUCAGGGAGGAACGAAGGCGAUGGAAAGGAAUGUACAAAAGUUACAGGGUUCCAACCCAGGAUUGCGUCUUCUAG